CUGACGUCAGCAAGCGGCCGGCUACCCUGCUGUUUACCGCCUCGCGGCGCCGCACACUCUCCCGAGUUGCGAGCACCGGGGCCGCGACGGCCGCCCGCCCUUAAAGGGCCCGCGCCCCAGAAAACUCGCCGCGCCUCCCGGCGUCCGGUCGCUGCCGCCUGUCACGCUCCUCACCCUCAGACACUCCUCCCUUCCCGGCUGCCCCCGCCGCCGGAUUCCCUCCCUUCCUCCCUCCCCUUUCCCGGCGUCUCCAAGCUCCCAGCAACCAGCCGCCCCCUGGCUCUCGCGGCCCUGGCUGGCCGCCGCAAGGUCUCCGGGCCGCGCUCAGCCCCUCGCGAGCUGACCCGUACCCCACACCCCCACCCCCUCUCCCGCCGCCCCUCCCUGUCGGGCCCCCUGGGAGCGUCUCUGCGGCUCUGGGGAGGGGACGUUUCCUAAUCUCAGGCCGGGGUUAAAGUUCUGGUCCUGGUGCGAUGCUGGAAGCUGCGGACGGAGCCGCAACCCGUCCCGGAGGUGUCCUGUCGCCUGUCGCCGCCCCCGCCACCACCGCUGCCGCCGCCACCGCCGCCUUGCCGGGGCCAUGUUCGUUCUGGGCUUGCCCUUCUUGGCGUUCUUGGUGGCCUCGGUCGAGAGCCAUCUGUGGGUUCUGGGGCCCAAGAACGUCUCGCAGAAAGAUGCCGAGUUUGAGCGCACCUACGUGGACGAGGUCAACAGCGAGCUGGUCAACAUCUAUACCUUCAACCACACUGUGACCCGAAACCGGACGGAAGGCGUGCGCGUGUCUGUGAAUGUCCUGAACAAGCAGAAGGGGGCUCCUUUGCUGUUUGUGGUCCGCCAGAAGGAGGCUGUGGUGUCCUUCCAGGUGCCCCUAAUCCUGCGAGGGCUGUAUCAGCGAAAGUACCUCUACCAAAAAGUGGAGCGAACGUUGUGUCAGCCCCCCACCAAGAAUGAGUCCGAGGUCCAGUUCUUCUACGUGGAUGUCUCCACCCUGUCACCAGUCAACACCACAUACCAGCUCCGGGUCAGCCGAAUGGACGACUUCGUGCUCAGGACCGGGGAGCAGUUUAGCUUCAAUACCACAGCAGCCCAGCCCCAGUACUUCAAGUACGAGUUCCCAGAGGGAGUGGACUCGGUGAUUGUCAAGGUGACCUCCAACAAGGCCUUCCCCUGCUCAGUCAUCUCCAUCCAGGAUGUCCUGUGCCCUGUCUACGACCUGGACAACAAUGUAGCUUUCAUCGGCAUGUACCAGACUAUGACCAAGAAGGCAGCCAUCACUGUGCAGCGCAAAGACUUCCCCAGCAAUAGCUUUUACGUGGUGGUCGUGGUGAAGACUGAAGACCAGGCCUGUGGGGGUUCCUUGCCUUUCUACCCCUUUGUAGAAGAUGAACCGGUUGAUCAAGGUCACCGCCAAAAAACCCUGUCAGUGGUGGUAUCUCGAGCAGUCACGUCCGAGGCCUAUGUUGGUGGUAUGCUCUUUUGCCUGGGCAUAUUUCUCUCCUUCUACCUGCUGACCAUCCUCCUGGCCUGCUGGGAGAACUGGAGGCAGAGGAAGAAGACGCUUCUGGUGGCCAUGGACCGAGCCUGCCCAGAAAGCGGUAACCCCCGGGUCCUGGCCGAUGCCUUCCCCGGCAGCUCCCCGUAUGAAGGUUAUAACUACGGUUCCUUUGAGAACAGUUCCGGAUCCACCGACGGGCUGGUCGACAGCUCAGGCACUGGAGACCUCUCCUACAGCUACCAGGAUCGCUCCCUUGACCCUGUGGGCGCUCGGCCACGCCUGGACUCCAUGAGCUCCGUGGAGGAGGACGACUAUGACACAUUGACCGACAUUGAUUCAGACAAGAACGUCAUUCGCACCAAGCAAUACCUCUAUGUGGCCGACCUGGCACGCAAGGAUAAACGCGUCCUUCGGAAAAAGUACCAGAUCUACUUCUGGAACAUCGCCACCAUCGCUGUCUUCUAUGCGCUUCCCGUGGUGCAGCUGGUGAUCACCUACCAGACGGUGGUGAAUGUCACAGGGAAUCAGGACAUCUGCUACUACAACUUCCUCUGUGCCCACCCGCUGGGCAACCUCAGCGCCUUCAACAACAUCCUGAGCAACCUGGGGUACAUCCUGCUGGGGCUCUUAUUCCUACUCAUCAUCCUGCAGCGGGAGAUCAACCACAACCGGGCCCUGCUGCGGAAUGACCUCUAUGCCCUGGAAUGUGGGAUCCCGAAACACUUUGGCCUGUUCUAUGCCAUGGGCACAGCCCUGAUGAUGGAGGGGCUGCUUAGUGCCUGCUAUCACGUCUGCCCCAACUAUACCAACUUCCAGUUCGACACGUCGUUCAUGUACAUGAUCGCCGGGCUGUGCAUGCUGAAGCUCUACCAGAAGCGGCACCCGGACAUCAACGCCAGUGCCUACAGCGCCUAUGCCUGCUUGGCCAUCGUCAUCUUCUUCUCCGUGCUGGGCGUGGUCUUCGGCAAAGGGAACACAGCGUUCUGGAUUGUCUUCUCGGUCAUUCACAUCAUCGCCACCCUGCUCCUCAGCACACAGCUCUAUUACAUGGGCCGCUGGAAGCUGGACUCGGGCAUCUGCCGCCGCAUCCUCCACGUGCUCUACACAGAUUGCAUCCGCCAGUGCAGCGGGCCUCUCUACGUGGACCGCAUGGUGCUGCUGGUUAUGGGCAACAUUAUCAACUGGUCACUAGCUGCCUAUGGGCUCAUCAUGCGCCCCAAUGACUUCGCCUCCUACUUGUUGGCCAUUGGCAUCUGCAACCUGCUCCUCUACUUUGCCUUUUACAUCAUCAUGAAGCUCCGCAGCGGGGAACGGAUCAAGCUCAUCCCCCUCCUCUGCAUUGUCUGCACCUCGGUGGUGUGGGGCUUUGCCCUCUUCUUCUUCUUCCAGGGACUCAGCACCUGGCAGAAAACCCCCGCAGAGUCUCGGGAACACAACCGAGACUGCAUCCUCCUGGACUUCUUUGACGACCAUGACAUCUGGCACUUCCUCUCCUCCAUUGCCAUGUUCGGGUCGUUCCUGGUGUUGCUGACACUGGACGAUGACCUGGACACCGUGCAGCGGGACAAGAUCUAUGUCUUCUAGUGGGAGCCAGGCCCCUCGCUUUACUCAGGGGGCCCUGAGCUCCUCUGUCUCCCUGCCCAGAGCCCCCGCAGCUCUGGGGGUGUGCAUCCCCGCCCUGCAGCCCAGUGUGGGUGGUGGCGGGAUAGCGAGGCCCAAGCUUGGCCCGGGACAGUCACAGCGGUGGGCCUGGCGGCUGCCCUCUGCUGAGAAGGAGGCCUCCUCCCGCAAGACCCCAGAUGUUGGCCACUUGUUGCUGCUUCUCAGUGUUGAGGGCCUCUCAGGGGCCCUGUCCGUUGGCUCUCCGUCUGUUCCUCUGCAGGAGGAAGGAGGAAAGUGUUGCCCUGCCCAGUUCAUGCCUUGCGUUCUGCCCGUCCCUCCCCUCCCCACGAGCCUAUGACUGCGAGCCCUUUCUUCUCCCCGAGUUCCAGUCCAGGGCCCGGUUGGGCCUGAUUCUCUGUCCUGCACCAGGGCCCCAUAGCGCUUUGGGGCCAUACCUGACUGCCAUCACUGCCCAUUCCAGCCAGGAUGAAUGGGCUGUAGGAUUUUGGAGGCUGGCCAGCUGGUGCCACGCUUUUGGUGCUAUGGCCUAAGAGGGGCUUCAGGCAGUGCUGCCUCCUCCCUUUGACCUGUGCUUGGAGCCGGUUCUAUAGUAAUAAGGGUCAGCUUAUGUGUGAGCGUCGCCUUUGAGCCGAGGGACUGAAUUCAGAGGUCACCUGCCUAUCUCGUCAGCCCCCAGACUGAUGUUGGCACCAGGAUCAGAGGGAAAGAUCAGUUCACCCCUUUCCUUCUUUUUCUUUCCAGGCCCUCUGUCCUGCCAAGCCCCCACUGGGGGCCUUUCAGUGCCAUUGACACUGCCCAAGAAUGUCCAGGGGCAGAGGAGUGGGACACAAGGUGCCUAGCUCCUCUUGUCUCCUCAUAGCCGCGGGAGCCCCAGUGCCUAUCUUAGAAGGGGGCUCAGGAAGGGACAUGAUCUUCCUCUCAAUGUCCCCAGUCCAGCCUCACUCUAGGACCUGGGGCUGGCUUCGGUGUUUCCGUCCUGUCUUUGGCCAAGUUUUGUGUUAGUCACACACAUAUACAUGUAUGAAACCUUGAAGUUUACACUGAGCCGCCCCAGCUCUGGGCCCCCUGGCUGCUCUGUCCUUCGAACCCCUUCCCCUACCCGGUCCAUUCCAGAUGCCAAGACUGGGGGAGGGCAGGUCAGGCCUCUGCCUUGGGGAUGGGAGUGUGUCUUAUUCUGCCCAACUUGUUUUUACAGCUCUCCCUUGGGCUGGGGAGAGGAGGUGGAUCUGGAUCCGUUUUCAGAACUCCGUUUAAUGUCUGUUGCCAUGCUAUGGUUGCAUUUCUGUUUUCUAUGAAUGGGUCUGCAUUCAAUUAAAGAAACAACCGGACGCA